CCGGUGGCGGCUCCGCGAAGGCGGCGAAGGCGAAGAUGGUGGCGGAGAAGGAAAAAGGAGGAGGGAGGGAGGAAGGUAGGCGGCGGCGGCGGCGUGAGCGUCGCCAAAAAUUCAAUCCAGCACGUCACGCUGCUCUGUGUAUCAACAUUGAAAAAUCAAUGGUAACUCGUGACGUAGGUGUCCCGCCUCAACGGUGGCCAAUAGGCGAACGCGCUCGCUUGCCCUGCGGUCCCCACUAGCCCGUCUGCGAAUCCGUCGUCUACUCACACGACUGCCGGCGUGCUCAUUCCGUAGCGAACUGCCGCAACGAGCGCACGUGAAUCCUCGGACGGAUAUUGUAGAAUCAAAAGCGAGACGUCGCAGAGCUAAAGAAAGAGACAGAGACGUACGCAUCUCACGCACGUACAGUAUAGUCGGAAUUAACGCAAGGCGGGGGUGCAUCGCACGCACGCACGCAUACGCCUGUGAAAGCGCGACGUGAAUGCAGUUUUCCAGUCGGCGUUAGCAUCCGGAUCCGAUCGGUGACAAACGGCGGCGGGUGAUAUUGCCAGCAACGUCGGAGAGUCGAGCGGCGAUCACGAUACAUCGAUCAGCGACGUCAACGUUACGUCUCAUUGGUCACCGUUCGUCAUUGGCGCGCACACGACGAGUCGAUCUUGAUCGAUAUUUUGAAAGAUUCGCGCGAGAUCGAGACAUCAGCGGAGAAUCCUGAUUCACGCGGAGGACCAUCGUCCGGGAAGUGUCAAAACGCCUGUCGGAGCCACCGAGAGAAGGCUCAUCUUCUCCUCUUGGCAUUGCGAGAGCUGUACCGCGCGCCGAUCGAACUUUCUAGAACCUGUGGGCAGGAAAGAACACGAGAGAGAGAGAGAGAGAGAGAGAGAGAGAGAGAGAGAGAGAGAGAGAGAGAGAGAGAGAGAGAGAGAGAGAGAGAGCGAGAGAGCGAGAGGGAAAAGGCUCGAAGCGUGCGAGGAGCGUGAGGCGAAACAGUAAGUGCGAAGAACCGACCAGAGGUAGGUGGGACAGAGCGAAAGAGUGUACACACACCAACGUACGAGAUGGCGUUUAUGAUGCCCGUAGUGAAAAAUGAGUGGGAUAUUUACAAGACGAACCGCAGCCGGCGCUCGUCCGAGUGCUCGAAUCCGCAGGCCUGUCGCAGCAGAAAGGUUUGGCCAACUAGCAGGCAGAAUCGUCUCGUCAAGUACGGCACAUCCGAUCGCUCUGUCGUCUCGAUCCUGAUGGUGUCCGAGUGCUCCAAGUCGGAGGGUCCAUCGUUGUCGACGUCACCCGGUUCCGACUUUCUGACCUCGCCGGCGCACCGGUCCGUACCGCUGACCUCGCGGCACUUCUCGAGGACGUCUUCAAGGGCGUCUCAGAGCUCCCUUCAAAGCCCGAGCAAGAGCACGGGCACAUCACCGCCCAAGACCGGCAGCUCUAACUCCCUCAAUAAAUUUCACAAUCGACUGGUCGAUAAGCUGAAGCGCUCGUUGAAGAAGGCGGAGGACUGCGCCGAGGAUCAGCGGAACCUAUCGUGAAACAGUCAAGGGGUUUUGGGCCGGCCGCCCGUGUCCGGCUCGAAACCGAUCGAGAUCCGACGCACUUCGGCACCCGCUACCACAUCCGAGCCGAGCAGCAAUGUGGCGGCACGCUCGUGUCCGGAUCCGACUUCAGCUUGGUAGAGAAGAGUGAAAAAGGGGGAAGAGAGAGAGAGAGGGGGGGGGAGGGGGAAGAGGAAGAGGAAGAGAAAGGGAGAAGAUGUGGAGACCAAAGCGAUGGCGAGAGCGAAAGCAAGAGAGAAUACGUGUGUGCGUGCGCGUGUGUAUGCAUGCGGAGAGCAAGAAGGAUCUGGACAGAAGCAGGAGAGAAGAAGGAGAGAGAAAGAUGAAGGAGAGAGAGAAGAGGUCAACUUUCGGCCGUCGCGUGCUCAGCUCGAAGAGUAUGUCGGAGAACGAGCAUGCUCACGAGUUUGUUAGUCUGGCAAGCGAGAUGAUGGUAGGACGACGGGGGGGGGGGGGACGGAGGAGGCUAGAAUGAUCCUCGAGUCAUCGUAUAGUCAGUCGGAGAUGUCGGCAGUCAGUCGUAUCAAGGGUCCUCAUGGAUCGAGAGACACCUCGGGCACCGAGCGAUCGGAGAGUAAUUUCUCUGUGUUCGCUCGAGAGGAACAAAGAGACACGGUGCUUGGAACGUUUCCUCGGAUGGACCACAACGUUCUUCAAAUCCAGUAUCCAGUCGCGCAAGAUGUAUGACAAGCCUACCGAUUGGCGUCGAGGGUCAUUUUAUGGAGGUGCUGCGAGGUGCUGCGAUCGCAAGAAAGAGGUAUCGCAGAAAUUUUCAUAUUUCGGAAUCAUCGUAAGAUGGACAUACUCUUUUGGCAUGAACAUCAAUCAAUAGUAGUAGUGUGUAUCCGGAUGAUGAAAAGGCACGAAGAGAAUUCGAAGAAACGCGAUGGAUUUUCGCGAUGUACUUUGGGCUACUUGUAUUAUCCGAAGAGCUUUAGAAGGGCUCUUUGAAGGAACAACAGGUAUUCGAGAGUUUGGGCCAGUCGAUCGGCUAGCGACACGUGAAGAUCUGGCCGCGCCAGAUUAUCACUGCUGGAAGCUUAUUCGGACUUCUCUCUUACCGAGCAGUCAAUCGCCGGAACAUGGCGGUCACAACAGAGGAAAUAUUCACCGGAUGGUAGAUUGCCCUAUAAGUAGAUUGCUCAACGGCGUCUUAUACGGAGUUUUCUUUGAUCCAUCGCCGCCAUUUUUUCUCUCGUCUAGAAAAUCAUAUCGCUAAAAAAUUCACUCAGUUCACGGCUCAGUUCUGUCGUCAUCGGUCUGAACUACACGCUAAAUUGCACGCUGUCGUGAAAGUUUUUCCAGAUAAUCCUGAAAAUCUGUUCAUAAGAUGGCGAAGAAGAGAAGGAGGAAAGGGCCAGUGACAGAGAGUGAUAGAGAGAAGAGAGAGGGAGAGGUGGAAGGAUAGAGAGAGAGAAAGAAGAGAGGAAGAAACGGCUGGAUCAACCCUCGACGCAACCGGGCCGAUCGAUGAACGAAGCACUCAGAGUCGAGUUCCUCUCUCGGAGGAAGCGUUUCGGGGUCGCCAGAGGUUAAAGAGGGGCAGGUGUUGGACGUGGGCAACGACAGCGGAGGAAACGGAAGGUACAUCAGCGAGCAUAACCGCGUGUCGAGAUUGCGUCCAUUCGUACGCGUGUUGCGCGUUGUCACGGUCAGUUGGCUAGUGGAGUAGUCGUUAUGAUUCAGUUCAAUCAGACCUAAAAGUUAAGUUCCUUCGUCGCGCGCACGUGUCUAAAGUCCCGUACGUGCACGUCACGCUCUAAUGUCAGGACUAUGUCGGCUGUUGCUAACGUAGGAGAUGAAAUCGAAGAAGGAAAGAAAAAAACGGAAAGAAAGACAUUUAACACAUACACACAUACACACACGCACACACAUAUACAUGGGUAUACGAGGGUUUUUCCGCGAGGGGACAAUCGCGACGGUCGUGAUGUUACGACGCGAUCGCAUCAACAUCCCGCGAAUCUAUCUCUGUACGUGAAACACCAGCUCGAGCGAAACGAUGUAGUCGUGCAAAGUCGUUCGAGGAUGACUCGCAACGUUAUGACGUAGGCGCAUUUGCAGUCGUAUUUGCGACAAUCAGUCCGUACGAAAGAACGUCCAAGAACUGUCCAAGAUUCUUCGGACGUUCUCUACGGACGCCCUUUGACUUUUCGUGGACAUCCUUAAGACGUUUAGAGCGGUCUUUUGAUCGGUGUUUGGACGUCCUUCGGACGGAACACAAAUCUUCAAUCCAACCAAGAGAUCCAAUUAGUUUUCUCGCAAUCUAGACUGCAGAGCGUCAGAUCAGCGUCAACACGUCAGCGAUCGGUACGUCGCGCAAAACUGUUUAAGAAUAGACUUGUGUUCUCGUUGCGCGCGCGCGCGCGCGCUUGGCGCUAAGGCGCACCAAUUGUGUCUCAAGUUCGAAUAUAUCUGAUGGCCGUUUGAUGGAGAGUGGUGGAGAAAACAACACGAAACCGCUGAAUGCGCGCUGAGAACGGAGCGUAAAAAAGAAAAGAAAGCGGCUCGCGUGAGAAACGUCGCGAGUAUUGUUGUUUUAUUGGUAGAGCACGAAAUCGAGAACAAUGGCACAUUCAUCCAUGUUGUGCGGGAUUAAGGUCGAGUUCUUCGCGUACCGGGAGCGGCGGUUCCUCUCUCAUCUUUGCGGGAUUGCGCGUUGCGCCGGCGGUUAGUAAUACGCAAGGACGUAAGUGUGAAUACGCACGUGUACGCACCGCUCUAAUCAACUUGGAGUCAAAUCACGAGAGCGAAUGAGAAGCCUAAGAAACAAGAGAGCGACUUAUUUUCAUGUGUGUCCUGUGCGCCAUUCGAGCGUUCAUAAAAGUAGUCGUACUUGUGUAUUUGCGUGUUGUGCGUUACUCAUCCCCUCCGUAAGAGGGUCAGUUUUUUAUGCCCUCUUGCAUAUACCCCAUCUUCCUUCUUCUCCAAGUUUACAAUUCGCUCCUGAUUUAUUCUGCGCAUUAUCGGAACAUUUCUGCCGGCCGAAUCGCGGCAAAAAAUAGACAACACAAACGGUCGCGACAAACAACGUCUUUCGUGUAGGAUCAACGUGUUUUAAGUAAAAGUCUGAACGAACUUUGUUCGAUGGUGAAAAACAAGCCGAUAUAACACGACUCGUUUUAUCGGGCGACUUUCGCGAUUUGGAUUUUCGGCCUGCUAAAUACAAACGAAAAAUGACGUAUAGGGUAUCCCCGAUUUAAAUUUAUGUCCUCUAAAGUAAGUUUCUUUACAUUCGUCUCUUUAAAAUUCUUGGUACUUGCUAUUGCGAGACAAUAUAGUCAUGUGACCAUUAAUCGAUCAUAAUUAAUUUCUUUCGACCAAGUAAAAGGAAAACAUUUUGAACAGUUUGUAAUUAUCGACUGUAUAUUGUUGUUUUAUCGGGAGAUAUAUUGCUGUCCCUGUUGUCGAUGAUAACAUCUGAUUAAUGCGCGAGACGAGA